AUGAAGUAUUUGAUUUAUUUAUUUUUAUUGAUUUCUUUCCUUGAUUUCUAUACAUCUGAAUCUACUUCAUAUCCGAAAACCAAUCUUAAUCCAAGAAAUCCUAAUGUGAAUGAAGAAAUGCAAUCUGAUCAAUUGAUUUCAGUUCGAGAUCUUUCAAAUCAAGAUUCUAUGAAUCAUGAAAAUAUCAAUCCUGAUGAACUCUCAAAGACACAACUCAUAGAUUCGAAUUCUAGUUUACCAUUCGAUAAUUCUAGUCUUACCAAUCUCACUCUCAGCCUCACUAAUACAUCAAGUUUACGAUUCAUCAAUAAUAAUUCUUCAAACCUUACUUCUUCUAACAAUUCUACAAUUUCAAAUCCUACCAACCAAUCCAACUCAAGACCAGAAAAGAAUAAAUUACCAAUCAAUGAUUCUAUUCCAACAACUAAUCCGACCUUCAUGAAUUCUAGUUUACCAUCAAAUACCAAAAACUUAACUGAUUUGAUCAACAGAAAGCUUACUUCACCAUUCCAGAAUACCACGAAUUUCAAUACUUCAAUAGAUGAUUUUUCUUUACAUUCGAAUACCUCGAGUAGUCCGAUGAUUGAGAAUGUUAGUUUACCAACUAAUACUUCAAUGACUUUGGUACCUGAGAAUAUUAAUUUCACAAACAUGUCUGUUCCAUUACUUGAUCAUUCUAUAUUCCAAUCAAACCAAUCAAGUACCAUCUUAUUACUUGGAAACAAUACUUUUGGUUCUUUGAAUGUGACUUUCGAAACCGGUUUGAUGAUUGAUAAUUAUACUUUAAAUGGUCUGAAUGCUACUAUUUUGGCUCAUUUGAGUAUUGAUAAUCUUACUAGUAGUAGUACGGGGAAUUUGAGUAGUUUGAAUGAUUCGCUGGCUAGGGAUUCUUUGGGUAGUUGUGCUAGUGGUUAUGGGGUUGGAAGGUUUGGGUAUGGGUUGGGUUUUGGUACAUUUGGGUUUUGGGUUUUGGGUCUUUGA